AUGGAAGACGAUUCUCAAGCACGUGAUAAAGGUCUUGAGAUGAAGAAGGACAUACGAUGGAGUGAUGAUGCAAAGAAGAACAAUAUGGCGAUUGCUCUGAUCUUUCAAUCAGUCCCGGAAGCGCUAAUACUUCAGAUAGGAGAACAUGAUACAUCGAAUAAGAUUUGGAAAGCUAUCAAAUCCUGUAACCUAGGUGCUGAUCGCGUGAGAGAAGCGAGGUUACAGACUUUGAUGUCUGAGUUCGACAAACUGAAGAUGGAAGACACAGACACGGUGGAUGACUACGUAGGAAAACUUUCAGACUUAGCAUCGAGAGCAGCCGUGUUAGGAGAGAUAAUGGAAGCAUCAAAGCUGGUAAAGAAGUUUCCGAAGGGACUUCCAAGAACGAAGUUCAUUCACAUCGUAGCUUCGUUAGAACAAGUGCUGGAUCUAAAUUCAACAGGGUUCGAAGACAUUGUUGGGAGAUUGAAGUCUUUCGAAGAACGCAUCAAAGAAGAAACCCAAGAUGAAGAUCAAUCGAAGCUAAUAUUUGUAAAGAAUGAUGCACAAGGUCGUGGAAGCCAUAGCAACUCGCGAGGAACAGGCAGAGGUAGAGGCUAUGGUGGAAGAGGAAGAGGACGAGGAAGGUCUAAUGGUUCUGAUGGUCAUAACAAAGGAGGAGAAGCUUCAGACAAGACCAAGAAGGACUACUCCAAGGUUAAAUGCUGGAGAUGCGACAAGAUGGGGCACUUCGUGUCACAUUGUCCUACACGACCAAGAGAAGAAGCUAACCUAACGGAAACACAAGAAGCAGAUGCAUUAUAUAUGCAUGAUGUAGUAUUCCUCAACGAAGAGAGAGUGUUUCCUAAGAGUAACCAUAUGACAUGCAAGAGAGAGUUCUUCUCAAACCUAGAUGAGAGCAUCAAAGGCAAAGUCAAAUUCGGUGAUGGAUCAAACGUCAAGAUUGUUGGGAAAGGUUCGAUCACGUUCAUCGGAAAAACAGGGGAGAGAAGAGCACUCAAAGAUAUCUACUACAUCCCAAGUCUUAAACACAAUAUCAUAAGUCUUGGACAAGCAACCUAG